UGGUCCGUACCAAAGCAGCCUGAAUGAAUGAAGGAUGCGGAGGGAGUUUUUCCAUUUCCGCCGCUGUGAGUUUGAUCAUUGAUGCGAUGAAUUAGCCCACAAUUCCAUUUCCAGCCCACCCGCCAUCAUCGAGACACGUGGCACCACAGAUUUGAAUACUAGCUCAGCUCAACUCAACGGCCUAUUAGAGCCACUAGUGUCAGUCUCCCCUUCCUUCCUUCGUAAUCUCUUCCUUUCCGCGAAGCAUAUUUGCAGCUGCAGCGGUUGCUCCACCGCCCAUUCUCCCUCCCUCCCUCCUCCGUAAUCAUACUAAUACCCGCCGUCGCAGAGCCACGCGAAUAAUCAUCAACUAACCAUCAUGUCACUUGCUUCCAGUGGCUGUACUUCUCUAUGCCCCUCACCACCAGCUUUCCCAACAUUAUUAACCAAGCAAAGCCCAUCAUCCCUCAAAAACCAUAAUCAGGCCAAGAAUCACCACUUUCUCUCCGCUUCCCUCACUUUCUCCAAUCCGCUCUUUCAUCUGUCAAACCACUCUAAUAAUAAUUUCUUUGCUGCUAAAGCAUCCGAAACCGAAGCCAAGACUGCGGCGGGUAAAAAGACACAAGAAGAAGAAGAAGAAGAAGAAGCAACACCAGCAGACGACGACGAGGAGUAUGAAGAGUACGAGGUCGUCUUGGAUCAGCCAGUUGGGUUGAGGUUUACCAAGGGCAGAGAUGGUGGAACUUACAUUGAUGCUAUUGCACCCGGUGCCUCGGCUGACCGGACCGGCUUGUUCACUGUUGGGGAUAAGGUGCUUGCCACCAGUGCAGUAUUUGGAGAUGAGAUUUGGCCGGCAGCAGAAUAUGGAAGAACAAUGUAUACCAUCCGACAGAGGAUAGGCCCAUUAUUAAUGAAAAUGAAGAAGAGAUAUGGGAAGGUGCCCGAUAUGGGUGAUUUAACUGAAAAAGAAAUAAUCAAAGCUGAGAGAAACUCUGGUGUAAUUAGUAACAGAGUCAGAGAGAUUCAGCUGGCAAAUGCCAUGAAAAAGAAGGAACAGAAAGAGCGAAGAGAAAAGGACCUUCGCGAAGGCUUGCAGCUUUACAAGAGUGGCAAAUAUGAAGAAGCAUUGGAGAAAUUUGAGUCAGUACUGGGAUCGAGGCCAGAAUAUAAUGAAGCUGCUGUUGCAAGUUACAAUGUUGCAUGCUGUUACUCCAAACUUAAUCAGGUACAAGCUGGACUAUCUGCCCUAGAGGAUUCUCUCGAAGCAGGAUUUGAGGAUUUUAAGAGAAUCCGGACAGAUCCUGACUUGGCCAACUUAAGGACGUCUGAGGAAUUUGAGUCUCUGUUAAAAAGGUUUGACGAAUCAUUUAUAAAUGAGAAUGCUCUCAAUGCCAUUAAAUCAAUAUUUGGCAUAUUCAAGAAGGAAUAGAAUGAUAGAUUUGUUUUACUGCUGAAAGCUGGCUCUCCAUGUACCAAGAAUUUUGGAUCUGCAGAAAGGAGGUUCCUACUAGUAAAAUCUGUCUAUAGCAUCGUUUAGCCUAGGUAAUUGCAGAUAUUUCAGAUACUUUAACUGCUGAUUCAAUUUUCACUUUUUUUUUUAAAUUUUAUAUUCAGAGUAAACAUAAUAUGUAUUUAUCUGUAUGGAAACAUCUGGAGAAAGAAAUGAAUUCUUUGGAUAUUGAACUCGGGACAACCCUAUUCAACUUUGCUA